AUGCGGCUCGCGAAAAGACAAGAAGAUGAAUCCCCAUCAUCCAUCAUAAGACCGGGGCCCGAAGAUCUUCAACCAACCGCGACGGAUGCAACGCCAGGGACGGGUACUGCCACGAGUACGGAAUCGCUGGUCCUUGCGACUUCGACCGAAGGACCUUCAUCCCUUCCGCUGCCCUUCGACACAAGUCUAGGUAGUAACUUCACCAGCCCAAGCUGUCCCACGUUCUUCAAGACUUUCUUGUCCGACCCCACGUUCCAAUCCUGCCUCCCGUUUUCUCUCCUCCUCCAGAACUCUCAAGGCUUCUUUCAGGCUUCGAAAUCCGCCUUCCGGAUAACAUCGAUUCUCGAUGCGACCUGCAAUGUCGACGUAAAUGCGUGUGCGUCCUAUAUGGGCCAAUUAGGUUCCCAGAUCAGGAAGACCGAGUCUUGCGGAGCCGACUUCAACCGAGAGAAUCCAUUGGUUCUCCAGGCAUAUCGUGGAUUGGUUUCCUAUCAGCCACUUUAUCAGGCAGGCUGUCUAAGGGACUCUAGCGGCAACUAUUGCUAUGCAAACGCAAUUACGAACGCAAGCUCCUCCACUGACUCCUAUCCAUACUACCUGCCACUCGGGAUGACGAUGCCCGGAGGCGCCCGUCCAACAUGCAACACCUGCCUCGAGAGCAUCAUGGCCAUCUUCGCCAAUGCUGCACAAAAUGGAACGCAACCCGUCAGCCAAACAUACGCGUCAGCUGCCAAGCAGAUCAAUCUGGGAUGUGGUCCAGACUUCGUGAACACGACCGUGACGGUUCGCACGAGUGCCGCAUCUACCCCGUCACCUUUGGGUGGAAUAUAUCAGGUUCUCGCAUUCUUCAUGCUGAUGGCCUACUUCUUUUGA